AAUACAUUUAUUAUGAAAAAGAUACACACCUCUGGAGAAAAGGUCCCUAGCUGUUAAACAAAGCUCACAAAGUUUUCCGCAACGUUACAUAGAGAUACGACGUCGUUACGAACCUGCCACCGCACUUGGAAAGUUAAAACCCCACCAACCACCGACCACCGCCUUCAGAUACGACGAGACCCACCCAUCCAGCCUAACUCCAAAAGACCUAAUUUUUCCACUCGUGAUAGCUACCCAAUAGCUUUUUGCAAUCUGGGUCGAACUCAUUUCGAUUUGAAGUUACUGGGAUCUUAUGGUUUGAAGAAUGGAAGAAAUUGAAAGGGUGAAUUGUUGUAGUGAAAGUGAAAAUGAAAGUAGGAGCUAUAGUGAGAGUCGACCUCCCAAUCCAAACCCUGCGGUGUUACCUUGCAAGAAAUCCCUUGUUCGCCACGCUUCUCUUUUGAAAACGAACUUGUCAGAUGUAUCUGUCGAACCAGGACAUGUUACUGAAGAUUGUCACUCUGAUUUCUUUCCAAUGCUUCGCUCUGGAGCAUGCGCUGAUAUUGGAUUCCGGUCAACUAUGGAAGAUGCAUAUGUUUGUGUUGACAAUUUUAUGCAGGAUUAUGGACUCAAGAACAAUGUAGAUGGACCCAGUGCUUUUUAUGGGGUCUUUGAUGGACAUGGUGGAAAGCAUGCUGCUGACUUUGCUUGCCGUCAUUUGCCAAAGUUCAUUCUUGAGGAUGGAGAUUUCCCGAAAGAUAUUGAAAGGAUAGUUGCUUCAGCAUUUAUGCAGACAGACAAUGCCUUUGCAGAAGCUUGCUCUCUGGAUGCUCAACUUGUAUCUGGCACCACUGCAUUGGCUACUCUUGUUAUAGGAAGGUUGCUGGUGGUGGCAAAUGCUGGAGAUUGUCGAGCAGUGCUGUGCCGCCGUGGAAAGGCAAUAGAAAUGUCGAGGGAUCACAAACCGGGGUGCAAAAAAGAGCAGAAGCGUAUCGAGGCAUCUGGGGGGUAUGUAUACGAUGGAUAUCUUAAUGGACAGCUUAAUGUUGCUCGUGCUCUUGGUGACUGGCACAUGGAAGGAAUGAAAAGCAAAGAUGGUGGACCCCUGACUGCAGAACCUGAACUCAUGACCACAAAACUGACCGCUGAGGACGAAUUUCUCAUCAUAGGUUGUGACGGGAUUUGGGAUGUAUUUAGGAGCCAAAAUGCAGUGGAUUUUGCUCGGCGUAGGCUUCAGGAGCAUAACGACCCAGCCUUGUGUAGUAAGGAUCUGGUUGAUGAGGCUUUGAAGAGAAAAAGUGGAGACAAUUUGGCUGCUGUUGUGGUUUGCUUCCACCAGCAGCCUCCACCUAACUUGGUGGCUCCACGCUCUAGAGUGCACAGGAGCUUCUCUGCUGAGGAUUUGAAGGAGUUGCAAAGCUUCCUAGACAGCUUGGGUAAUUGAGUUGACAAACUCCUUUUGGUUCGUUCUUGUUAAGUUUUCUUUUUGAGAAUUAAGAUUCAUUUGUAAUUGUAGGUGUAGGCUGAGAGAAAACUUCGAAUGUAACAUAUGCGGCAUCUAGUCGACAUUUAAUUUAGUCAUUGGAUUGUUAGCAAUUUAGAAUUACUGCUACUGCUUCAUUCAUAUUUCCCUUUUUGCAU